GCUCUCGGUGAAUUUGGUUGCUCAUACUUCUAUUCAAGCCAGGAACGCGCUUUUCUUCUUAUCUCACAUACCGCGGAGACGAAGUCGCCAGAAAUGUCCAUUAAGCCAAAAUCAAACAAGAACAUUGGGUGGAUUCCAUGGGGACUACGCCUCCCAAAUCUACUCAUAUUCAUCUUCCUUGACGCGGCCCUGAUUGUAUGUCUCAUUACACUUUCCAUCAUGUCUUCUCGGAGAGAUGGAUUUACUUCCAUCGGCAAUCUCAACGUGUCUACUUGGAACAUUGACUGGGACCUGGGCCUCCUAUGGACGACUCUCCCUGUCUUGAUAUUUCGCUUGCUGGGUGUCUACUGGGAGUGUAUUGCGAGCCCAAUUUCUCAGCGCCAACCAUACGUCGAUCUCUUGAAAAAUGGUGGGGCUCCAGCCGAGAGAUCUGUGAUGCUAGACUACCUCUCCAUACCUGUGCUAUGGCGUUGGUGGACCGCGUUCAGGAAUCGACACUUCCUCGUCAGCGUUUGCUCGUCUCUGACGCUGCUGAUGUCCAUCGGUGUCACCGCCCUAUCAGCGAGACUGUUCGCUGUUCAGGCUGUACCCACCACGACAGAGCUGCCUAUGCUAUUCAACUCCAUCUUCGACGACUCUGCCAUCAACUCCACGUUAGCGUGGUUUCCUGUCAUCGAUACCGUGUCUGCUAUCUACGUGCAUCACGGGGCCCCGUUACCGUGGACAGAUCAGCAAUAUGCGUUCCGGCCUUACCAGUUGCAAAGCUUUGUGGCUGCGAACGCUGAAGUCAAAGUCACCACUAAAGCAUAUUCGGCUUACCUCAACUGCAGCGCUUUAUCUGAUUACGAGCUCAGUCUGAGGGACACCCGACUUUACAUGUCUGCUAGCGACCGCGGCUGCGAGAUAUCCCAAGACUUCGAGGUAUCAGACAUACAGGAGGUGUACUUUAAGACUACGUCAGAAACCAGCUGCUCGGCUGAUUCAUGGUAUAGUCGUCUGGUCUUCACAGCUGCUAUGUAUUCCAACGAUUCCUCCACUCUCGUAUCGAACGUUACUAUACUCUCCUGUAUUACCAACUAUCGCGAAACCUUGGGCGACCUUGUGACUAGUACAACAAACGAUUCAUUGGCAAAUCUGGCUGUCCAAAGUUUUCACGCUUUAGAGUCAACCGACACUCGCCCGUCUCUGUGGAGAGUCUUCGAACAAGGCAUCAUGUCCCCCACAACCCUUAACCCUCAAGCAACCUGGUCGACAACGGCCGUUGGCAACCUUAUUCUCUACUACGCCCAGCAAAUGGAUGGAACUCAAUACCUCUCCAGUGACAUUCUCUAUCGUGCCGUCUCCGACAUGUUCUCGGCUAUUUACCUUACCGCAGCCGCCCAGCACGCAUUCGUUCCACUCGAAACGCCUGAAAUCAUCAUCGGCGAAGUUGAAUUGUUGACCCAGCGCCUUUACACUGUUUAUUGGGUUGCCUAUACUAUUGCUGUGGUUCUCUUGCUAAUCAUGGGCGCAACGCUGGCGGCCAUUGUGCAUGUGUCCACCCACGCAACCGUUCUAAAUGAAGAGCCGGCUGGUCUGCUAGCACACGCGGCGAUUUUGGAGAAAAGCCCUCUGAUGGAUUCUGCUGCGGAGCUGAGGGCGCAGGACAAUGGCUAUGCAGCAGGAGAUGCAGCUAGAGCUGCCUUUAAAGCCAGUCGUUGGGGUGGAAUCGCAACGACAGAUCGAAGUGGCUGGGUAAUUGCAAGGCUGAGAUAACCGCGGUAACGAUUGCAAGUCCCUUUUUUGUACCCAAGUCUAGCAGAAGUCGAAUAGAAAAUUUGGACGAGGGAGGAAAAGAAGACGUGGCUCGUGGUUUCUUGGCUGCAUAACGCCAACGUUAGGAGGAACAAUUUGGUAGGGACACUUCAAAACUUUAGGGCUGCUCUCUCACAUCUGCGGUUAUAGUCCCAAAGUGGAUAAUCUAUCUCGCCGCUCAGCCUGGCAACGAGCACAGCGCUCGGUCGCUCGCAUGGGAGAAGCUGUGAGCCUGCA